UUGCCAACCAGCACCAUGGCUGACUCUCACUUGUCAGGUUCUGCAGGAAGCUACAACAGCAGCUUUCCCACCGCCAGUGCGUGGAACAUCACUGGCAGCGGCCCAUGGUUGUUGGCCUUCAUGCUGACUGUCAUCAUCCUAAUGACAGUCUGUGGCAACAUGUUGCUUAUUGCUUUGGUGUUUGCCCAUCGCUCUUUGCGUUGCACCUCGAACUGCUUUCUAGUUUCUCUGUUCCUGUCUGACCUAAUGGUGGCACUGGUGGUCAUGCCCCCAGCCAUGCUCAAUGUGUUGUGUGGGUCCUGGGUGCUGUGGCCUGCCUUCUGCCCGAUUUGGCUUUGCUUUGACGUCAUGUGCUGCAGUGCGUCCAUUCUCAACCUGUGUGUGAUCAGCCUGGACCGUUACCUCUUCAUCAUCUCACCGCUGCGCUACAAGCAGAGGAUGACCCCACCUCGGGCGUUGCUCCUUGUAGGAGCAGCUUGGGCAUUGGCAGCAUUGACCUCCUUCUUGCCUAUUGAGAUGAAAUGGCACAGCUUGGGCCAUGGGAGUGGACAUUCAUCAGUCAGCAGUAGCAACAACAGCUCUUACUCUGACACAUUGUACCCAACGUCCUACUUUCAGCUGUCACCAUCAGGAGGCCUUUCCUUCCAGUGCCGCCUGCGGGUCACCCUGCCCUUUGCCCUGGUGGCAUCUGUACUCACAUUCUUUUUGCCCUCCAGCGCCAUUUGUUUCACAUACUGUCGGAUCCUUCUGGCAGCGCGGAGGCAGGCAAAGCGGGUCGCGGCACUGAGCCACCCACCACACCCACAUCCCUCUCUUGGGGAACCUUCCAGGCCUCCUUCACCUGGGAUUGCAGCAGGGCAAGCUCAGCCGGACGGAGAUGACUGCAGUCACCAGGAGGCGCCUGCGUCACAAAAUGUACCGGCGUCAGUGAACAGUGAGCGUCGUCUGGCUCACAGGCAGGGUCGGAGGGCAGUGAAGGCCACGCUGACACUGGGAGUCCUCCUGGGACUCUUCUUCAGCGCUUGGCUACCCUUUUUCAUCACCAACAUGGCUCAGGCAGUCUGUGAGUGCAUCCCCCUCGCGCUCUUUGACGCCAUCACCUGGCUGGGCUACUGCAACAGCACAAUGAACCCCAUAAUCUACCCACUGUUCAUGAGAGACUUCAAGCGAGCUCUGGGGAAGCUCUUGCCUUGCUGUUCCUCGCGGUCAACCAGAAGACCCUCACCAGUGCUCUCCCUCUCUCUCCGCAACUCAGGAGAGCCUAACAUCGCCAGCAACCCCCCCUCUCCCCUGGCCUCUGACCCCACCCACCCCCCUGCCACUGCCACUGAUGCUGUCAACCUGCUGGAUGCCGAGCAUGCUGGCAUCGAGUUGCCUCUGCUUCUGCCCAAUCAGGUGGACACCCUGGACUGAAUAGCAAUUAUUGGAAAUCAAGUCAGCUAAUAUGUUAUGUCGGGUAUAUGGUGGAAAAGUGAUUCAAGGCAAGAAUUGAGACUCAUUACAUUUCCAUGAGUCUAGGCCUAACAGAAAUAAAACAAAUAAUCCACUUUAAAAUGAA